CCUCAACCCUCGUUCAUUCUGCAAAGAGAGCUUGAAAUCUGAAAUCCAAAGUGAAAGCUGAUCAUUUUUUGCUUGAAAAUGGUGAGCGGCACUUUCGGCCGGGCCAAGCGAGUCACCGACCCGCUCGACGACAGGGCCAGAGCUCGACUCAUCUCCGGCCACGACCAACUCAGCUACGCCAGCAGCGGCAGCGAGCAUUCCGCCGCCGACGUCGACCUCGACGAGGGCGAUUCCCCUUGCCUCUCCCAUCUCGUCCAAGGUUUCCUCGAGGAGGCGGAGAACGACUCUCAAUCACACGCCGGUCACGAUUCCGACUCCGAACCGACCGACCCGCUCCCGGACUUCCCUGAUUCUCUCGCUGACAUCGCCUUCGCCGCCGACCCCGGCCGGAACCUACUGUCGGCGCAGGUGAGCAAGGCCGCGCUGGCCUUCUCCCACCUCCGGAACCAGAAACCCGCGCUCCGGCGCAAAGUGAUGUCGUUUCUCAGGGAGUCGGGCCACAAUGCCGGGAUCUGCAAGACCAGGUGGGACUCCUCCGGCGGCCUUACUGGCGGGACGUACGAAUUCAUCGACGUCUUCCUCUCUCCGGCGGCUGCAGCGGCGUGGCCGAAGCGGUACGUUGUAGAUCUGGAUUUCGCGUCGCAGUUCGAGAUUGCGAGGCCGACCGCGCAGUACCAGAGGGUGCUGGACUCCCUGCCGAGAGUAUUCGUCGGCGGGAUCGCGGAUCUGAAGAGGAUUGUGAGGGCGGUGAGCGACGCGGCGAGAAGGUCUCUGAAAUCGAAGGGCCUCUCUCUGCCUCCGUGGAGGAAAAAUCGCUACAUGCUAAACAAUUGGCUUGGGCCUUACCGUCGUACCAUCAAUCCGGUGCCGGCCAGCUCAUUCCCGUCGGUGAUCGGGGGCGGGCAAUGUAGGGUAGUCGGUUUCGACGACGAGGUAGGCGGCCGCCUCGUCGUCCGUACAUGAUCGUAAACCUUCCCAGGGGGGGAAUUUUUGUGUAACGUUUUUUUUUUUUUUUUUUCCCUUCCUUCGGUUUUGUUUCGUGUCUUCUAGUUGGGUAGGGAAGGUGCCAAAUGUAAAUUAUGAUCGAGGAGGCAUGAGAGAAAAGACUAGUAUCUCAUAAAAAAACAAAAGACUAAUAUUAACUAGUUUGGUACUGGCCGGGUAAAUUUUGUUUGAAAUAUGUACUUUGGUAAUUUUUUCCUCCUAAGGUGUCUAUUUUGUUCAGUCUGUCAUUGUCCUCUCUCAUUUCAAAUCGUGUAUACCUUUGAGUCCGACCAGUUGGCCGCUAAAUGAUUUUUUUUAAGGUAAAUUAGUUUGUACUGCACGACAAUAUUUUAGCACCCAUGAAAUUGUUGUGCAUUAUUAUUAUGAUAUUACAAAAUUAAACAUUGAUAUUAUUUAGUAACUCAGUAGAAUAAGAAAUUUGUUCUGCGAUCUAUGUUAGUAUAUACUUUAUGGCGGUACAAUUGAAUGAUAUUGAUAUAGUUUCGCAACUAUCGAAUAGGAACAUGCCUUGUAUAUAUAUGAUUGUGGCUAUGUUUAAAAAAAACAUAUAUCAAAAUGGAUAUCCUUGUGUAGAUCACAUAAAAUCUGAUUUUUUCGCGCAAUAAUAUUUAAAUUUGGAGUUGAAGCGAAAUAAAUAUGAAUCAAUUAAGAGUAGUAGGGGAGAUUUAAAAAUAAGAGAGAGAGAGAGAGAGAGUUAAGUGGCACAUUCUGAUUGGGGUAUAGAAAAACUUAAAAUAAAAAAAAAGAGUUAAGAAAAAAUCUGAUUGGUCGGAAGGGUGCUGACGUGGAUGCGUAGGAGGGCUGGAAUUUUGAAAUGGUGAAGGUAGUUUUAGGAAAAGCCUUUAUAUAUUUUAUAGAUAAUAAUUUAUCAUUAUGAGCGAAUUCUCGUCAUUUAAUUUCCACACGCUGUGUUCCGAUGGGUGCAAAUUACAUCUUUAUGGUAAAAUUAGGGUAAUAUUUAUUUAUGUUUGUGCCCAAAUACAUCGCCUUACAGGUCAAACCUUAGGCUCCUCACCUUGGAGUCUGAUCUUCUGAGCGUCUGAUUCCUGCUUAACGCUCUGUAGGCGCCUCACCUUGAAGCCCGCUCCUUGGUGCGCCUUGGUCCUGCUAGCCAAUCCUUAGGCGCCUGACCUACACACAUGACCUACACACACGCACUGAGGGGGGCGCCUGGGCCAAUUAAUCCUCCGACGCUCAAGUUAGUUCCAAUUAUAGAGAGAAGUAUGAAACUAUAAGUUUUAGUGAGAGAGAGUCCAACAUGUGUAAAUGCUACCAAUUGUUCCUAUUUAUACUCACCCAAAUCGAGGUUGAUCUCUUCCACGUCAUCGUCGCAUUUAAUGCCUUGUACCUUCAUUCUUGUCAGAUGCCUCAACCACUUUGUGAGGCUUCUGAUGACUGGCGGGGGCCUGCAGGUGGGGGACUGUUUGACAGCCUGGACUUCUUUGGAGCCUUUAGUGUUUUGUCUUCAUGCAUCUUUCAUCUGCAUGGAAAGAGCUUUGUGGGCCUAUUUAUGGGCUUCUCCCACUGGGUAGCCCAUCCCUGUCUCAAUAGGCUUUGUUGGGCCCUGUUUGUAAUACCCCCAACAAGGCCAAUACUAUGGUGCCGCUAUAAAAAUUGCGGCACUGGUAACGCAACUUUUCAUUGGUCCACGUGGCCAUGAUGUGGCAUCGAUUUUGUUUGCUAAAACCAACCGAACCCCCAGUGGCCCAUGAGAAAUGGCCCAAACCGUCUGUCUCAAAGUAACGAAGAAAGGUUCCCCGUCAAACAAUCUGUCUUUGUUUUUAUUUUAAUUAAUUUAUUAAAAAUUCAAAUUCAAGGAACAUUUAUUCCACAAAAUAGAAACGAGUUGACCAUUGAAUAACACUUCCUCGAUCUCCCUUGCCGGCGGCUUCUACCAAAUCACUCCCAGUGACUUGUCCAUCGAUCCCAUCGCCUCGCCCACACUGUUUCCUCCUAAAUUGGUUCUGUAGAACAGAGGCAAAGAAACCCCUCGUCUUCCACCUUGAUGAUAUAGCGCCACCGCCAAAGUACCAGACUAUCCUAGGUCAAAGACGAAGAGAGCCCCCCCUCCUCCGCGUUGCUUUGCACCGUCCCCGUAUAAAUCGUCGAAACCAAGUUGUAGGAGGUGUUGAGUUCCCCACCAAUGAAAAGGUUUGGCUUCAGGUAAUUCGAUUAAUGUGUCUUUGAAGAGGUAGGUAGGUGAAUCUAUCUGCCGCCCUUUUUGUACCUUUACUCUUUACCCUGCUUCCAAAACACUUGCUUCAAGCGUUUGCAAACUAUAUAUCCAUGCAAAUAUCAACUCGAUUUUGUCAUCAAACUUUAAUGUGUUUGUGACUAUGAAUUGUGAUGUUUGUGAAAUGCUUCUGAUUGACAACAAAUCUAAUCUGGUAUACUUGUUUGUGUUCCUUUGGUCUGCAAUAUAACCGGAUUUAGUCC